AGUUCUGAUUGGUCUAAACACCUUACCCGCUCCGGAGUCCCCGCCCUCGACUCGGCAGAGGACAGGUCAAAGAUGGCGGCGUCCCUGAGGUGCUUUCUCCGCUCAGGAAAGAGGUCUGUGUCGGCUGUUAGCCGGCGGCAGUUUCACAGGAGCGCUCCGGCCGCAGCGCAGGUGACGGUGCGAGAUGCCCUCAACCAGGCGUUGGACGAGGAGCUGGAGCGGGAUGAGCGGGUCUUCCUGAUGGGAGAGGAGGUGGCUCAGUACGACGGAGCCUAUAAGGUGAGCAGGGGCCUGUGGAAGAAGUACGGAGACAAACGCAUCAUCGACACUCCAAUCUCAGAGAUGGGGUUCACUGGCAUCGCAGUGGGAGCUGCUAUGGCCGGUCUCAGACCCAUCUGCGAGUUCAUGACCUUUAACUUCUCCAUGCAAGCCAUCGACCAGGUCAUCAACUCUGCAGCCAAGACCUACUACAUGUCGGCCGGUCUGCAGCCCGUCCCCAUCGUCUUCAGAGGACCCAACGGGGCGUCGGCGGGCGUCGCCGCGCAGCACUCGCAGUGCUUCGCUGCGUGGUACGCUCACUGUCCAGGUCUGAAAGUUGUGAGUCCCUGGAACUCAGAAGAUGCCAAAGGUCUGCUGAAGUCAGCCAUCAGAGAAGACAACCCAGUGGUUUUCCUGGAGAACGAGUUGAUGUACGGUGUCCCCUUCGAGAUGUCGGAGGAGGCACAGUCCAAAGAUUUCACCAUUCCCAUUGGCAAGGCCAAGGUCGAGAGACAAGGCUCUCAUGUGACCCUGGUCUCUCACUCUCGGCUGGUUGGUCACUGCUUGGACGCCGCGGCCGUUCUCGCCAAGGAGGGGAUCGAGUGCGAGGUGAUCAACCUCCGAACCAUCCGUCCUAUGGAUGUGGAGACCAUUGAGGCCAGCGUGAUGAAAACCAACCACUUGGUGACGGUGGAGGGCGGAUGGCCUCAGUUUGGAGUCGGGGCUGAGAUCUGUGCCAGGGUGAUGGAAGGACCCGCUUUCAACUACCUGGACUCGCCGGUUACCAGGGUAACGGGCGUCGACAUCCCCAUGCCGUAUGCCAAGAUCCUGGAGGACAACAGCGUGCCGCAGAUCAAAGAUAUCAUCUUCUCCGUCAAGAAGACCCUGAACGUCUGAAGACGCCCCCCCCCCUCACCGGCAGGACCACCCUCACCCCGAGCAGACGAUGGAGAAGUCACCCGUCACUAGAAAAUCUGAACCAUGUGUAAAUAACAGCCAAACCCUUCCUGUGAAAACACUCCCGACUGUACUUUUGCCAGACAUUGGUCAACGAAGCGCACAAAUGUUUAGCCGAGAGCGCCGGGAUCACGCACGGCCCGCUCGGGUUCUGCCUGACCGGACUGUGCUCUGUGGCUCAGCCUGCUCUCUCUCUACUUAUUCCCCCUCAAAAUAAAAGCCUCUCUGUCCCGUCGGCUGUUCCGUGUUGACGUGGAAGCUCAGAAAUUACUGAACGGUUGAGGGAGCGCCAAGAAAGACAGGAUGUGAUUCAGCUGCUUCUUACGAAAGUGUUCUGCAAGUUUUCAAUACUGAGAUGUGUCAAAAAAAAAGAUUUCCCCAUCUUGAAACAUUUCCUGGUUUUAAUGAGGAAAUGUUUUACUUCAGAUUAAUUUAAUUUGAAUGUAUUCAAAUGUUUCUUCACUGUAGGAAGGAAAAAAGUGCAAAAAAACAUCCUUGUCAAACUUAUUUUGUUCCUGAAACCUAAAUUGGAGGCAGAUAGUUUUUUUUUUUCUGGCGCUCUCUACAGAUUUGUUCAUGAACUUCCAUGUGUUUAACCACCGAAACACAUCUUAUUAGGACUAUUAACUGUUUAUUCCUCUCGCUAACUGGGGUUCGUUUCUAAAGGCAGCAGUGGAACGGAAGAGGAAGAAGGCGCCAGCUGAGAGCUGGUGUGUAUUUAUUGUAGCUGCAGCAGCUCUGUGGAUGUUUUUGUUGCUGUAAUUGACUCUGUUACAGAAAUAAAAACCUAUCAGUCCUUUUC